UGUCAUUGUUGUUCAUCAUCAUGCUGAUCUGUCUGGCUGAUUCUACACAAGGUGCGGAAUGUAUUGAGGGACAGCAUUGUUCUGACUGCGAUGAGAAGGGCAAUUGCUUACACAGUUGUGAGAGAGGCUAUUUUGGAAUGAAAUGCAAGUUCGUUUGCAGCAGCACAUGCAGAUAUAAAACAUGCCAGCUAGAUCCAGGUAAAGGUACAAGCAAGUGUUCUGAUGGCUGUGUACCAGGGUACCAAGGCCUACGUUGUGGCAGACCAUGUGACAGUCACGUGGUCAACUGUACACUGUGUCCAGGUGGAUGUAACGGGGAGUACUGUCAGCUGGGUGAUGCUUGUUUUGCCGGAUGUCGAGAUUCCAGGUACGGAUUAGGAUGCAAGACGUGUCCCAGUAACUGCAGAACCUGCAACAGGAUGACAGGAGUAUGUGACGAGUGUGACCCGACACACUAUGGAGUCAACUGUGAGAAGACGUGUGAGAACUGUGCAGGAUCCUGUGAGUCUGACUGUGAAUGUGUUCCUGGCUUCUACGGGGACUUCUGUGCCGAGACUUGCAGUAAAACAUGCCGCCCCAAGUCAGCCCACAAGUGUCUUCCUGCUGUGACGUCAGACAGCUGUACAGGAGAAUGUCACAAACACAGCGCCACGUGUCUCCAUGGCUGCGUGGAUGGUUGGUUCGGCCCGAGGUGUUCUUCUCCGUGUAAUCCUGGAUGCCGUCAUCAAAGAUGUAAUGCAGCAGGUUUAUGUGCUGAAGGCUGCGAACUUCAUCAUUUCGGGUCAGCCUGUGAACCUUGUCCCGAGAACUGCGCCAACCGAACAUGUGAUCAGACCACUGGUGGCUGUGUGACGGAUUGCAGCGAGGAAGGAAGUGAGCCUAACUGUACACAGACCUGCUCCACUCCAGGAUGCUCUUCAGCCAGUCGUAACGCUACUCUGCCGGGGGUGCCACAUAUGAGCACAACCACCCUGAUAUGGGUUGUGUGUGCAGCAGUCCUUUUCUUCUUGGUUGCAAGUUCCGUAUGCUGUGUCUGUUUCCGCAAAGGCCCCUGUAUACAAAGGUCAACCCAGGCUGAAACUGGUACUCAGAACAAAGUAGACCCCAGUUACAUGCACUACCUGGAAUUGCACAAAUAUUGGGAAAUAAGAGAAGAUGAAACAGACCUUGACGACGGGUUACCGAAUCAGAACCAAGGCAGCACAAGCGAUGUCCGUGAUGACUCACUGCCUGUGUUAGCAGAUUACCUUCCGGGAGAUGGCAACAUUGAAACAGGCAAUGGUGUAAUUGAAACAGGCAAUGGUGACAUUGAAACAGGCAAUGGUGACAUUGAAACAGGCGAUGGUGACAUUGGAGCCGAGAAAUUCGACUAUGAUGUCCCAGAUGGUACAACAGCCAGUUCAGUCUCCGACUCCUACACACACCUCACGCGGGACGUUCCUCUUGCUGACCUAAGAGCAGUUUCUACAUAUAUAUCACCAACUGAGGACACUUAUUCAACAUCGACUUCUUCCAGUGAAUACAAAACCUAGAAGCGCGGGAUAAUGACACUAAAGUAGGGGACGGUGACACUGAAACAGGGAAUCGGGACACUGAAGCAGGGGUGGUGACACUAAAGUAGGGGAUGGUGACACUGAAGUAGGGGAUGGUGACACUGAAGCAGGGGAUGGUAACACUGAAGCACGGGGUGGUGACAUUGAAGCAGGGGAUGGUGACACUA